GGCGUCGAAGUGACUUGUAUGUCACUCCACACUUUUAAUGCAACGGCCAUAAUUUAUUUGCCAAUGAAAUUGAGUUGGAUCAACGGAGAAAUAUUCGAGUUUUUCAUUUCACAAAGGAUAAAUUCGUUGUGUUAGCUGUUAAAUUUUAAUUUCUAGUCGUUUUUUGUUGUUUGAUAUUUAAUUGUGAUGGCUAAAAGAAUGCUGAAUAAGAAAAGAAAACAAAAGAAACAAAAAAACCAAAAAAAACAAAAGAAGAUUUUAUGCACGAGUAAAUACAGGGUAUCUUUUUGCAUCCGCGUUCUGUUAUUCUUCGGCAUACCGAUAUUUUACUUUCUUGUGAACUCACAUAAUGCAACUGUCGAAGAGGAUAACUCAGGUCUGGAACCUAGUCUUGCAUCUCGCCACCUGUUGGGACUAAUUGAACAAGGAAAUAAAAAUUGCACGCCGCCAGCGAUAUUAGAAUUUCCUUCUGAUGGCCUGAAUAGAUCCCAAAGACAGCACGGAUUUAUACUGAUUCAUUGCGUGUUGGCCGUGUACUGUUUUUUACUGCUGGGGAUCAUCUGCGAGGAUUACUUUGUGCCUUCGUUGGAAAUAUUAUGUGAACGCGAUACCCUCAAUAUUCCGGAUAGCAUUACUGGCCUCACCAUUUUAGCAGCGGGCGCUAGUCUACCAGAAGCUGUGUCAAGCGUGAUUGUCACAAUGCAAGGUCACGGUUCAAUGGGCAUCAGCAAUACAAUAGGAUCGAACACUUUCGACAUCCUGCUAUGUCUAGGGUUGCCCUGGCUUGUCAAGUCCUUGAUCUAUCCUUCGUAUCCUGAUAAUCAUUGGGUAAUGAUCAACUCAAGUGGCCUCUCCUAUAGCGCUAUAUCUCUUCUAUCUACGUUAUUAGCAUUUUACUUAUUCCUCCUUUUAAACAAGUUCCAAUUAGAUUGGAAAGUAGGUUUGUCAUAUGCAGUAGUGUAUGCUGGGUUCCUUGUAAUGGCUGCAAUGAUUGAGCUCAACGUACUUUUCCCAGUUAAUUUGCCAAUUCGCCCACAUUCAUAAAAGUAUGUUUUGUAGCGAGUAUUGCGGGACCGAACAUAGAGAAGCAAAGUGAAUCGGUCACCUUAGUUAUUGCAUGAACAUAAGGUUUGGACCCUAGUAAAAAGCUCCAUAGCAGCGACCUGCGAAGGUGAUUGCAAAGUAGCAGUCCGAUCACAAGUCAAUUUCUUUGCGGCCUUGCUUCGAGAAAGCUUGCAAAAGCAACGAAUAAGCUUAGUCGCACUGAUUGUGCUAAAGCUGCAACUUGCAGGAUCCCUCAUGUACUUAAUCGUAGGUUUAUUCUUCAUGUUCCUGGUUGUAUAAGAAUUUUUAGAAGUCACAUGAGAAACGUCGCCGUCGCGCGUCGCUGCUUUUAAUCGUUAUGUGGGUCCAAUCCAUCAAGCCAAAAAAUUAUGAAUAUUUACUACCUUUACUCGAUGCCAUCGAAGAAAAGUGUAGUGGUUAAAAUAAUUAAUUUACAUUGUUAGUUAAUAAUAAUUUUAGAAUAAUAACUUAAUAUUUUAUAUUCUGACGAUUUUAGGAUUGGAAUUUUAAAUGUUAAUAAUUGUUUAACCUUACUAAUAUUUAAUAAUAUUUAAAUGAACUGUUACUAUUUAUUUGAUAAUUUUCUAUAGGCACUGUUCUAGUUUCAUGUACUAUCUGACAAUUCUACUUUUAUUAAUUAUAGACAUAACAUAUAACACGGUAUCACCAUUAGUUCACUACUUUCGGCACGUGCAAGCCAAUAGGUGAACGUAGCGAAUUGCUCCAGAUUCUUUAUGCAAAUCCUAAAAGUUGGUAGGCGCUGGCCACCUGCCUGGUCUGGCAAAUAUUCGCCAAGAUGUGAUCCUCAACAUGUUCGCCGAUUGCGUGGACCAUUGUGAACUAAGUUAUUUAGGUACAUACUAACAGUUUCCAUUUCUUUUGCAUGUUUUUAAAAUGUCAAACGUCCGCGCUAACAGAAAAUUAACAUAAUUAGUGUUAAGGUCAGAUUUUAAUAAUUUUAAUAUUUUAUAGUAUUUCAUAGGUGUUGUUACUUAAAUAAGAAAUCUUUACAUUGUCACAAUUUUGGUUCACUAAUCUUGUAAUUAAUGAAAUCCAAUUUAAUUUUAUGACAUAAUCUCUAAUAAUAUAAUUAAUUAAUUUUAUAUUUCUCUACUUUACCUGCCGAAUCUCGUGCUUGGAGAUUGCUAGUCUAUUUUAUGGAAAGUGGCAAUGUAUAUAAUUUUCAUUUCUUCAUUUUAAUAAUUUUCAUUCAUA